GGGGAAUCCAGGCUCUCUGGCUGUGUGACCCCUCCAAGCUAGCGACUUGGACUACGUGCAAUAGACCAGAUAUCUCUGGACUUCAGUUUCUCAGGAGAGGCGUCCAUGAGGAGGUCAUGCAUGUAAAGCGUGUAGCACAGUGGCAGAUACGAGCCAGUGAGUCUGGAGAAUGAUUUACCAGUGUGGGCAAGGCCUGGCUUCCAGAAAACUAGCUCUGGAGUGUCUGAGAUCAGUCACCUUGAGGUCCCUGCUGCAAUCUAGGGCCAUCAGAAGGGACUGCAAAGACCCAAGGGCAGAGGCCUCCCAGCUCCCCGGCCCGCCCUCGCUCCCGCCUGGCCCAGCCGCCGGAGGAGGGGCGGCCUCCCGCACCCGCCCGCGGGAUCUCAGAGUCACCGCCCCCGGCGCCGGGCUGCAGCCGCCACGCCCCGGGAGAGGACCGACUGCCUAGACCGCGGGUCCCGGGGCUCCCUAGGCCACGCCGAUCACGGGAGGCCCCCGACUGCCUCCCAGAGCAAAGGGAGGAAAGGAGCUUAGCCCGCCGCUGCAGCUUCCGAGCAGCCCGCCAGGACUCCGGCUGCUAGAGAUGGGCGCCCGGCUCUCGCGGCGACGGCUGCCGGUGGACCCGUCCCUGGCCCUGGACGCGCUGCCCCCGGAGCUGCUGGUGCAGGUUCUGAGCCACGUGCCUCCACGCGCCUUGGUCACGCGAUGCCGCCCAGUGUGCCGCGCCUGGCGCGACAUAGUGGACGGGCCCACCGUGUGGCUGCUGCAGCUGGCCCGCGACCGCAGCGCCGAGGGCCGCGCACUCUAUGCAGUGGCCCAACGCUGCCUGCCCAGCAACGAAGACAAGGAGGAGUUCCCGCUGUGUGCCCUGGCGCGCUACUGUCUGCGCGCGCCCCUCCGCCGCAACCUCAUCUUCAACUCCUGCGGAGAGCAGGGCUUCAGAGGCUGGGAGGUGGAGCACGGCGGGAACGGCUGGGCCAUAGAAAAGAACCUAACACCGGUACCUGGAGCGCCUUCGCAGACCUGCUUCGUGACCUCUUUCGAAUGGUGCUCCAAGAGGCAGCUUGUGGACCUGGUGAUGGAAGGUGUGUGGCAGGAGCUACUGGACAGCGCCCAGAUUGAGAUCUGUGUGGCUGACUGGUGGGGUGCUCGAGAGAACUGCGGCUGCGUCUACCAGCUCCGGGUCCGCCUUCUGGACGUGUAUGAAAAGGAAGUGGUCAAGUUCUCAGCCUCACCUGACCCGGUCCUUCAGUGGACUGAGAGGGGCUGCCGACAGGUCUCCCAUGUCUUCACCAACUUUGGCAAGGGCAUCCGCUACGUCUCUUUUGAGCAGUACGGGAGAGACGUGAGUUCCUGGGUGGGGCACUACGGUGCCCUUGUGACCCACUCCAGCGUGAGGGUCAGGAUCCGUCUGUCCUAGCGACUGGACUACCGCCUGACGUCGUCAGUCAAGACCAGCCUUGCAGCCAGGUGCGGUGGCUCACACCUGUGGAAUCCCAGCACUUCAAGAGGCCAAGGUGGGAGGAUCACUGGAGCUCAGGAGUUCAAGACCAGCCUGGGCAACAUAGUGAGACCCUGUCUCCACAAAUAAUUUUUACAAAAUUCGCCAGGCAUGGUGGUGCCGCCUGUAGUCCCAGCUACUUGGGAGGCUUGGGUGGAUUGCCUGAGUCCAGGAGGUUGAGGCUGCAGUGAGCCGUGAUUUCACCACUGCACUCCAGCCUGGGCGAUAAAGCAAGACCCUAUAUCAAAGAAAAAAAAAAAAAAAAAAAAGACCAGCCUUGCAGCCAGAAGCCAGAGGAUACCCAGGGACAGUAGGGGGUCCUAUGUGGCUGGUUCUCAGUACACCUUCCAUGAACCCGCUUGCUGCUGCUUCAGCAUGGUGGCCAACAUGCUGUGUGACAAACCAGGCUGUUCACAGCUUCCUCAGCCCCCCAGGAGGGGGGUGUCAUGAAAGAGACAUUUAGUUCAUUUGCCUGCAAACUGUCUUCUCCUGCAAGGAUCUCAGUAGACUCAGUCACAAAACAAAGGCUAACCCAGGCUUUAUACGAGGGGGAAGGCCGCCGACGCAGGGAGCACAGACUUGCCGGCAUGUUUUGGGGGUAAUGGUCACUGGCAGGGAGCAGAGGUCCGCUGAGGCAGUCUGUCCUUGAGACCAACAGGAUCAUCUGCUGCUUGGGGAAUCUCUGGUGCUGGGAACAGUCUCCCAGAUCUGGUCAUAAACAGAAUCUCUGCAGCACUGUGACAGGUUCAUGAUGGCCAUGACCCCAACACUGAAAGUUGUGGGUUUACCAGAAUGAGGGCAAGGAACACCUGGCCCACCCCAGGGGGAAAACCGCUUAAAGGGGUUCCUGAACCACAAAUAGCAUGAGCGAUCUGUGCCUUAAGGACAUGCUCCAGCUGCAGAUAACUAGCCAGAGCCCAUCCCUUUAUUUCCUGUAAGAAAUGCUUUUAGUUAAUCUAUAAUCUAUAGAAACAAUGCUUAUCACUGGCUUGCUGUUAAUAAACAUGUAGGUAAAUCUCUGUUCGAGGCUCUCAGCUCUGAAAGCUGUGAGACCCCCUGAUUUCCCACCACACACCCUAUAUUUCUGUGUGUGUCUUUAAUUCCUCUAGCGCCCCUCGGUUAGGAUCUCCACGACCCAGCUGGUCUCGGCACUCUGGGAUCCCGCCAUGGGGCUGUGUAACCAGCCAUCUCUGUGCAACAUGCCCAGCACUGCCCGUCAGCAUCUCCUGUUCUGGCCAGGCUGGUGCCUCUCAUCAGAAUUCCAGAAUUCCAUCAGAGGCCAAGUUCCCCACCCCCACCUCCUGCCCUUGCUUUGGGGGCAACUUCCUGCAAAGUAACACUUCCUUUUGUCCACACUCCUGUAUACAGACUCCUGGAGCAAGGUGUGCCAUGAGGAAAAGCUCUCCUGUCCCCCCAUCUCCCUCCACUUCUCUAUCUCUCAGCUAGGCAUGGCCAACAAACUAGCUCAAUAAAACUGGUGCUAAAUAUGA